AUACAGAAAGAUGCCCCAAUUCCAGAAGCUUUUCCUGGUUCUUUAGCAUGCCAAGUGUUUAAGAACUCAUACACGGGACCUCAAACUAAAACUCAAACAUGGGACUUCGAUUUAAAGUCUCAUCUGACAGACUGUUUUGUAAUUUAAGUCAUGUGAGGAAGCUGUUUAGCAACCUUAUGCGGUUGAUGGUUCUAUUUAGGUGGUCAUUCAUACUUGAAAAAUACACCUUGAAAACCUGAGGUAUUCCUCCACCAGAAAAAAAUUGAAAGUUAUUGUGCAUAACAUUCACAAUGUCAGUGUGAGUUUUACUUGCUGAAAUCAAGUAAUCAACUUUUGCCACCAGUAUAGAGCUAAGGCCAGCCUGAAUAUCUGUGCAGUCUGAUCUGGCUGACCAAUAUUAAAUUUACAACCUUGAUGCCCUCAAAAUUAGUAUAAAAUGGGUGGUUAAGGAAAAGGAAAGUGGACAACUCCAUUGAGGAAAAUUUAGCAGGUAAAGGGCAUUAAACAAGGGAGUUAUUAUCAAUUUAAACAAUUAGCUUUAAAAUGCCUUAAGUUUAUUUUACGUCCAUUUUGAUUUCUGUUAUAUUUAAGAGUUAAAUGAAGGUUAAAACUAUGAAGCAAAAUCUUCUUCAUGAAGAGAAUAUAAUGGAAUGCCAUGAACAGGCUUGCUUUAUUUAAAUAAACUGAUGAAAAGUAUUGAUUAAGAUUACAGAUAUUUUUUGUGUUUUCCCAUUUUAAUCUUCACAAAUAUCCUGUAUGGUUUGAUGUGUUUUUGGCAGCUUGUUUUUCUACAUAUAGCAUAAUAAUAUGAUAUAUGAUGUACUUAUUUAUAGAUGUAAGUAAGAUUUCGAGUAUUUGCUCAUCUUAGUUGCAAUGGUUUUCAUCAUAUACAGUUCUUGAAUUGAUUAAUUAAUUUAUAAACAGAUUUUUUAGCUUUAUUUUAAAAUUUUUUGCUUAUGUAGCAUGCAAUAGAUUUUUUUGCUUUGCAUAAUUAUGGACUUCAAGAUACUAGCUAUGUUUUUCCCUCCAUCUUCAUACAUAUAUCUGCUACUGAUUGUGACUUCAAUAUAAUUUUGCAUUGAAUCACACCCUUCAAUCUUAAAGGGGGUUGUUUUAAAGCCCCAUUGCUGGAUUUUGUCCAAAGGUCAAAGGUUAAGGUCAUUGUGACAAAGGUAAGGGUCAUUGGGAAACAACCAUUGAAGAUCAGAUCAAAGUAAUACCAGUUUUGGGUCAGUAGGUCAAGGUCAUGGUGAGCUUUGAUAAGAAAACUGUUUCUGUUCAUCAUCUGGAUACCAGCUUUAAAUGUUUGUAUUAAAUUCAGAUAUAUAUUUAUAUGCAUGAACAUUUCAAUUUUUUUCAUAAUUAGAUAGUUAUAUAUGAAAUGAACUUUUUAAACCUUGUAGGUCUUUCUCCAUUAAUUUGAAGUUGUGAAGUCAUUGUUAUACUUUAUCAGCGUAACCCAACCAAAAUGAAAUAAUCAAAGUAUAAUGUUGUCUACAGGUAUCAUUGUAAUUUUUUUUAUUAUUUGAUAUACGACUUAUGUUACAGACAAUGAGCUGACAGAGUUUCUGGAGAAUAAGAAAGGAGAGAAAGGGAAAGCCUGGGUGGAGAAAUGUAGAAACUUACUGUAUAAGUUCUUCACCGGUAAAGGUGACCAGGUCAAGGGCAAUGUUAUACAUAAGAUAUUAGAGAAGACGGUGAAUGUAAUGUGUAGUAUAGCAGAGGAAUCUGUGUUCCCACUGAUGCAGUAUGCAGGCACAGACAGUGCUCUGAAGUCAGUGACUAUAUCUCCACUUCAACAGUUAGGAAUUAAAAUGGCCAUCAGGUACGGCAUACAUCUGAAGGCUGUGCAUACGUCGUCGGAUGCAACAGACAGUCUAACGUUCCUGAUACGUCAAGUACACUACUAUCUACAGCAACAACAGAAAACACCAGACACUGAUCUCAAUUCACUAAAGACUGGUUACCCUGGUUUUGACUGGUUUGCUGCUACUGUAUUUCUAAUAUUUAAUGGGAACCAUGAGAAAGCCUGGGAUUUCCUGCAGCAAUUUUCUACACUUGGAGCAUCAGGCUACCUUUGGAUUCCAAGACUUCAUGCUUCA